ACCUGUCUCCCUGCUCACCGGUCUACCUGCUCACCUGUCUCUCCGCUCACCUGUCUCUCUGCUCACCUGUCUCUCUGCGUGCAGCGGUGAAGAUAAAGAAGCCAAUCCAGACCAAGUUCCGGAUGCCGGUGUUGAACUGGGUGGCUCUGAAGCCGAGCCAGAUCAACGGGACCAUCUUCAACGACAUCGACGACGAAACCAUCCUUGGGGACAUUAACGUGGAGGAGUUUGAGGAGCUGUUUAAGACGAAGGCUCAGGGUCCGGCGGUGGACUUGACUCUUUCCAGACAGAAACUUCCUCAGAAAGCUCCGUCCAAAGUUUCUCUGCUGGAUGCCAACCGGUCUAAAAACUUGGCCAUCACUCUGAGGAAGGCGGGUCAGGGGUCAGAGGUUAUCUGUCGCGCCAUCCACACGUUCGACCUCCGGACGGUGAGAGUGGACUUCGUUGAAUGCCUGAUGCGUUUCCUGCCCACGGAGGCCGAGGUGAAGCUGCUCCGUCAAUACGAGAGAGACAGAAAACCUCUGGAGGCUCUGAGCGAUGAAGACAGGUUCAUGAUGCAGUUUAGCCGCAUCGAGAGGCUCAACCAACGCAUGACCAUCCUCACCUUCAUGGGCAACUUCAGCGACAAUCUGCAGAUGCUGACGCCGCAACUCCACGCGAUCAUCGCUGCUUCAGUUUCUAUCAAAUCCUCUCAGAAGCUCAAGAAGAUCCUGGAGAUCAUCUUGGCUCUGGGGAACUAUAUGAAUAGCAGCAAGAGAGGAGCUGUUUACGGAUUCAAACUGCAGAGCUUAGACCUGCAGCUGGAGACCAAGUCCACAGACAGGAAGCAGACGCUGCUGCAUUACAUCGCCAACGUGGUGCGAGAGAAAUGCCCGACGAAGAGCCUGUUCUACAACGAGCUGCACUACGUAGACAAAGCUGCUGCAGGUGAGCCAAUCACAGGGUUCCCGCGGUGUCUUAAAAAGUCUUAAAUUUGAUAAUCUGAAUUUAAGGCCUUAAAAAGGUCUUAAAUAUGA